UAAUUAUGCUCGCGUUAGGAUAUAGGCUACUCAUAUAGUUUAAUAACACGUCGGUGCGUCAGCUGAGGCGAGCUGCACGCUCAGAAAACGUUGACUGCUCGCGUAGCAGUCGCUAUGCCGGACCUUAAAAAAUUCAAACAUUCGCGCCAAGCAGCAUAAACUAUCGACGUCACUUCCGCUUCACGGUGUAAAGUCACACUUUUUCUUAAUCUUUUUCUAGACAGAAGUUGUUCAAUCGACACACAGAUGGCGAGCGUUGCAACACGCCACUAGUCCCUGUAUAAUAUACAGGAACACUACACGCCACCACUUUCUGCGCAUGUCGGCUUCUGUGGAAGCUCGCUGCCAGCUUGCAUGCAGCUUGCCUCUCCCAGCUACGCCGCGACGAUUCGGUCAUGUGACGUUCGGGCGCCCGCAGGAGUGUUUGCUACGCGCUGACAGCUUGGUGUAUGGCGGGCGUUCUUUCCUUUGUGACUGUUUACUGUGAGUCCGCCUGGCGGGUUGGUCAUAGCGUCGAGUUUCUGCGCGGUUGAAUCGGUAAAUCGCAGGGAAAAAAAGCGAUGAGAUCGGCUUUUUCCGUAACCCAAGGGACGAGAAGCGGCGACAAACGUGCGUGCUGGCUAUGCUGCGCGACGAAUGGCAUGCGUCGACCACCGGCAGAGUCUGCGGAGUUGAUCGUUGUGGGCAGCGGUCUGCGCCUCCUGCGACUGGACGUUCCGUCCGUGGCUCGUAGAGGAGAACCCGUGUGGCUGAACUGCAGCUACGACCUGGAGCGCGACCAGCUCUACUCCAUCAAGUGGUACAAGAACAAUGUCGAGAUCUAUCGGUACCUGCCCAGCGAGACGCCUCGGGUGAAGGUCUACAACAUGCCCGGCAUACACAUCGACGUCUCUCGCUCCAAUAUCAGCGACCUCUACCUAAACGACACCGAUCUCAAUUCAGAGGGCAAGUAUCGUUGUGAGGUCUCUGCCGAGUCGCCAUCGUUCCAGACAGAGCGCGCCCAGCAGGAGAUGCUCAUGUACGUGCUGCCCCUGGAGGAUCCGGUCAUUAGAGGGCUUCGUAGCCAGUACCAAAUUGGGGACCCAGUCAACCUGACAUGCUCCUACGGACCAAGCAAGCCCAACGCCUCGCUCACCUGGUACAUUAACGACAGGAAGGUGCCAACUGGCAGCGAGGAAGUCGUGGAGAACGGCCACUUCUUGGACGCCGAGGGCCUGUGGCACGCCCACUCUCGCGUCACCUUCGUGGCGCAGCCCAGCCACCUCUGGCACGGAGCCAUGGAGGUGCGCUGCGCCUCGCAUGCAGCGCUCCCUUACUUCGUCAGCAGCGAGGAGCUCACCGUGAGGGACUACGGACGCACCCUAGACGUGUCGGGGCCUCGCAUGCACGGUCCACGGCUAGAAGGCACCAAGAAGCGUUACAGCCUGGGCAGUGCGAUCGACCUAAGCUGCCUAGCGGAUGCACCCUUGCGUGAACUCAAGUGGCUCAUCAACGACAGGGAGGCACAAGACUCCUACGUGUCCUCCCCGUCCAACGGCCACGGCGCAGCGGUCAUGCUGCGCCUCAACUUCCGCCUGGGCGAGCAGCACUUCAGCAAGGGCGAGCUGCGCCUCAAGUGCGUCUCGCGGCAGCUGCGCGAGUUCACGGCUGCCAGCGAGCUGCGUGUGCCCAUCAGCGACAAGCGCCACAGCUCGGGCCUGCAAGUGUACUUCGCCAGGGCUAACGGCGGCAGGCAGCACGCGGGCCUCCGAGGGGCGGUGGUGUUGCUUCUGGUUGUCUCAAGGCUGCUGGCGGCUUCGACGUAGUCCGACUGCUAAUUAGAGUCUGCAGCGUGAUUCAGCGCAACCGGACCAACGUGUCGUCGGGACUGGUAGGACCGAGAAGUCUACGAAGAGGAGGUCCGGAUACACCCACAAGCUCUGGGCCGGAGCAAUGAGCUCUCCGGCUCGUCGAAGCCAGAGCACGGCUGAGGGAGUGCAUUUUUCAGCGGACGCUAGAUAUCGAAUUGCGGCAUUCAGUAUCUGGACGGUUGUUCCUGAAGUGUAUUUUCCUUCCUGCCGAGACCUGCUCAUAUGUAUGAAUGGUGCAAUGUUACCCUUUACGCUGGCAGUACAUUGCUGGAAUGGCAUACUCACAAUUUUCUCUUUUUGGUUAUAUGUAUUUUUUUUUCUUUAGAAGAAUGGUUGUUUUUCAAAAAACUUUCAUCAGUCAUGGCAAUCUCCUCUGACCCUACGUCUGGCUGCACACGCGGCGAUUUCUGUUUCAACUGCGAAGUAUUCGUUCUGAGAAACUCGUCUAGAUUUCUGUUGCAGUGUCGUGCUACUGUCGAAUGGAUGACUAUUAUUCCCUUUCAUGAUGACACGGCAGUCGGAUUUGCCCGGAAAAGCUUUGCUAUGACCUGCGGUGUCCCAGACAAUUGCUUGGAAUGCCUGAGAGAGACGCCCGGGCUUUUCCUCACUAUCACUUCUGGUUAAGGAUUUGCAUUCUGAAAUCGGCACACUAUCCAACUUACGGGGAGCAUAGUGCGACGUAAUAUACGGCACUGAUCUCCAUUCAAAGGAACCAUAUUAUCUUACCGCAGGGGAAAACGUGCUGACCGAAGGGCUAAAUGACGCCCUUCGAAAAAGUUUAUCACUCUUUUGAGAUUUUUCUAUACUACAUAACAAAUGUCAUGAAGCUCUCGCGCAUGUCUUUUUUUUUAAGGCUCCACACGCCGUAUUUUCCUGUCGAGAUGUGCAUGCGUGCCCCAGCGUUUCGCAGUGUUCCUGACGGGAAAGAGCGCAGUGCACGCACAUUGUUGUGGGACAAGAUCAGCCGUAAGUGAUACGUAUUUCUAUCACCUUACAUUCAGCCAAGCUCACCAGCACAAUCGAUGGAUUUGCAUCUGUGGCGCUUGAGAUGCCAACGCGGUGGUGCGGGAGCUGUAUUUUCAAUCGUGCACGGCUUUACUCUCGGCACAAGUUAUCGGUUCUCGCGGGAAAGAAAUGCCCUGUCCUUUUAAACAAUCUUGGAAAUUGUCCUGAUUAAGACUUUGAUAGUCAUGUGAGCAGAAGACGGAGUCUCCUUUUUUUUUUCAAACACAUCCACAGCCGAUAUUCGAACGUACGCAAAUACGCCUGUACCUAAUGCUAAUUUUCGGACAUUAAUCAACACGCGCCACAAAAACAAAAGCGUGGCUGAAAACAACUUGAUAUCCUGCACUGGUCUUUGUUGGGUAAUAAAAAAAUAUAUCAUAAUUGGACGUCAUCAAGAUCGUGCAGGAUGUUUCCGGAAGUGCUCCUACAUUUAUGGUAACAUUUGAACAAAUUGAACGGACCCGCGGCUUUCUUAAUGCCGCUUUAAAGAGAUGUUGAGAAGUUGUGAGAAUUUCAAAGGAAAAAGCACUUUGAGUAGGGCUUUAUAUUAACAUGUCAUGCAGGCGUAGGUAAUUGGGUACGCUGGUUCUCAAGAAUGUGAGCAUUGAAAUAAUUUCUAGGUGCUAAGUCAAGGGUUGGCGUCAUAGAAAGUAUUCGUGAAAUAAAUGCCCUCUGGAGGAGAGAGCGUGUGAGGCGUCUGAAUUUCUUUCUGUGAUUCCACAGCUUUGGUGUAUAGAUUGUUUUCUUGUGUAUAGACGUCAGUAUUGUUUUGAAGUAAUUUGUCAUACAGAGUUCAGAGGUAAAUUUACAACAAGGAUAUACGAGAAGAUAGGAUGACUAAGGCUUGUCCGCAGAACCAUGGCUGUGUAUGUGUAGGGACGCUUAUGUUUAGUGUUGUGAAAUCCGUAAACGCCAAUAUAAUCUUCAGCGCACUCAGAGCAAACCACGCUAUACGCGAUGGUCUUUUUUAAGUUUUAUGGAAUUUUUGAAUAUCGCUUGUCGCAGGUACAUGACUCUAGUCCUUGAGCUGUAUUACUCAGAGAGGCGGACAUUACUUUCACGAGGAAUUCAAACACAGAUCUAGCCAAUUACCAAAAGGUCACUAAUUAGCUUCUUGAUUACAUCGCGGCGCAGACUGCCAUCUAGGCAUUGUAGCCGGUGAGCUUGCAAGGCGUAUUGUUGUGAUUGGGGGUUCAAUCCCAUCGCUCGUGAUCCGUUGUCAAGAUUGGAGUCGGGCAUGAAUUAGAAGGUAGCUGGCCCAUGCCGCCGUCCAACCUAUCCACGCUGAGGACGUUGAUGAAGGGAAGGACUGCUUCUCAUCGACAACGAGGAAUAUGGGUUUAUUUACAGUAUUUAUAUCAGUCUAACAUGAGUGUUUGAGAAAGUACAUCAGUCUAACAUGACUGCUUGAGAGAGAGUGUCCUGAGCAGCCGCACAACAGCAGUUUUUAAACACUCGGUCCUCCCCCGAUACCCAGGUGACGGAAACGGCCGUCCAAGCACCGUAGGCGAGUUGACCAGGCACCGUAGGGGAGAACGAGGCACCGUAGGCGCAUUUAUUCCCCGAACUGCAGCGCGCCCGCCGGCCGCCCAUUGUCUGGCGUCUUGGUCGGCGCGUGGGAAGGGGUGUCAGUAGAAGCUCCCGCGGCUCAGUAACAAUAGUUGGUCCGCCGAGCCCGUUUAGUUACAAUGGCGACUUCGUCAAACUCGGCACCAACGACGGAGAGUCGAAGACGCACGUAUUGUUGUUCACACACAGUCGACUUAGUCACGCCGUGGCUAGAGGUGUGCGGCGACGCUCCCGGAAUGUUGCCGCCAUAGCCGCAACUGGGUGGCAAAACUUGCACUGCAGCUGGCCGUUUUUAACAGUAUCCACUGGGAAUGAGCUUCCAAAAGGGCACCAGUUUGGAGGUAUGCCCCAUUAAACUCUGUUAAAAAAUGCGUUGUUGUUCCGCCUAUUUUUUACAAGACUUUCUUUUAUGCAUUGAAGCACAAGAGUGACUGAAACGCCCAUGUAUUUUGUCCCACGCUUCGGGAAAUUAUAUCUCGGAACUGGCGUCAUCCUGGAGAUUUAUUCCUGCAAACUCACGGGCUACAAUUCGUGAAUCGCAAUAUGUGCCAUAUAGUAAUUAAUUAAGCAGUUAACUAGUGAAUGUUCGUUAAAUGGCUCAAUAUGCGUUUCGAUUUCUCGUGCAUGUGAUGUUCGCCUCUACUGAUAAUUCAGCUCAAGAAGAAGAAUUAUGCUCUCUGCCACAGGUGAUAAUUAAAAACUUGGAGUACGCUUAGGCUUCGCCUUCAUGAGUGGAACGCGACAUUCAAAGAUCCACGACUGCUUCUCACGCUUCCCGGCUACUGCAGCUUAUGUAACCAUAAUGUUUACCGGGAUAUGCUGGCGGCGAACGCUCUGCACAAAGGCGAGUUUUCUUGUAGAAAUGUGGCUUCUUGCGUGGGCCGAUCCCGGAGGUCGUGCACAGACGUGCCAAAAAAAUUACAUCAUUUUCAGGUUUCUGUUUCGCACUUUCAGUAUUUAAGCCUGAGAAUAGUCAACAUAAAAGGCAUGCGCUGUCGUUGUUUUGUUUCAUGAUAUUUGUUUGUGGGGUGUCAUUCUCAAAAUUCCGGCGAAUAUCUUUGUCAAGAAUGUAAGACAAGGUGCGAGCAACUUUAGUGAUAGACUGUCGUGGCAGUUAAACCCGCAUAUACCGCAUGUCAUAUAGCAAGGCAUGGCCUAUACUGACACCUAAAUACAUGCGGAUAUUAUCGCUCGCGGACAACUCCACCGACACCGGAUUUUCUGCGACACGGGCCUUAAACUUCCGGAAAACGUAACAAUGAUCGGCCCGUAUAUAGCUUCAGUUGUGCACUUUCUUCAUGCAUAUAUUAUUUCGCGCAGUUUUUCUUUAGGCCGCUGAAAGAGAGGGCACCAGUCCCAACUGCUUGCAUUUGUCAUUUGGAAUAAUAAGAGGGAAUGCCGUAAGCGCUCGAAAUUCAUCAGAAUCCUAAUUCUGUUUUUCGUUAUCACGAGCAUAUUAGGAGCUAGCGUGAAUUGAGGUAUUUCCAUAAGGUAUAUGUCUCACGUGGCAAGACUGCGUAUAAAUUCUUUGCUUUCGUUUAUUGACAAAUGCUUUGGACAGCUCAGCGUCGUCGUUUCUGAUGAUGUGAACAAUGGCUACACAACCUAAAUAAGGGACAUUUACAGCAGGAUAUGAAAAUAAGUUUUCAUAGAAGCUCUUUCAUUUACCACAGCUGAUCUUCAGUGAACACUGAUGGAAAUCUUGCAAUGUGCGGCUAUAAGUGAAAGGUAGAAGAAUAUCUACUUGUGACUGGCCUAUUUCUAUCGCUCAAACACCCAAGCUAAAUUAAAGGUUCGAACUUGGUCUUGAUAUUGGUACACCCUGCAACGUGACUACGUAAUGAAAGCGGCGCUGCAGCUGCCUCACAUUGCUCCGAGAAAUGGCAGUCCUUAUGCGAAAUUGGGAGGGUGAAAAUUUUUUCCCGGCCACAUUUGUUUUGCUUUAAAGCUUAAAUAAUAAAAAAAAUAAGAGUGCACCUAAGCGCUUCUUUAUGGGCUGUGGAUACGAAAGCAUGAACGUCCAACUGAGCGUCGCUGAGUGGUCCUUCGAGUUAUCAACUCGUCGCGGACAAGACAGCUCGUUCACACGAUUGGCCAUCGCUUCCUAGAUAGCAGAAGGCCAGUGCACUUCGAUCCGUGACGUCAUGGUUCAUUGCCCGACUGUCAUAUAAUCUAAUGGGGACGCUCUGGAGUAAGCCGCGGUGAUUUUGACGUCACGCCGGUGCUGGCAACGGAAAUUUCAGUCCAAGUAGCAUCAUGUCAUCAAGCAGAGUGCAGAGGCCUUUAGCCCAGUGGGUGAGACAAUCGGGUUCCGAGUGUGGAGGCUCGUAGGUUCGAAGCUCACUACCGCCAACGUUCUUCCUUUCGAAUGAAUUUUGUUUUUAUACAUUAUUUCCGUUUUUAUAGCGAUUACAGAGGCGAUGUUAGAACGCAGGCAACGGCUUGUGCGGAAGAGGAACGCGCGUAUAGCACAGGCUUCCGAGAGCGGAGGUGACGUGGCGUCGCGGAGGUGCCCUCUCCCCUCACGCAACACAUGGCGCGGCAGCAGGUGUUUCCCUCUCGCCGGCUGUGCUCCGUCGAGGCGCGCACGUGACGUGGCAUAGCAGCCAAUGGGUACUUAGGUGCCGUUGUGCUACUACAGACGCCUGAUUUUUCGUUCAGUGGGCCGUUUGGUGCUUUCACAUCAAUUCCGUUCUUUCCAUGGAAGCAUUCGGCCGGUAGCUCUGGCUGAACUGAAUUGACGGGGCUUUUUUCAAAGCUUUACCACGAGACAAUUAUGUUUAUUAGAAUUGUGCCACAACUUGUCCUUCUGAUCUGUUCAGUCGACUGUGGCAGCUUCGAAAAAAAAACUUAUAAAAUUAUCUACGUUGUUUCUCUAUAUUUUUUUAAUUUCCAGAAAUAGACAGCUGCCAAGAUUUAUCAAAAGAAUUAAAAUAUUGUUUAGAUUUAAUAGGUAGAAGUUACAAUUUGCCCUGACGCUUUCUGCUGCAUCAUUUAUGAUGUCUUCUUGCUUUGUUGGUGAAACGUAUUACAAUGUACCCUGCAAUUACGUGUUUCUGUGGCGACAGUGGGAACAGACAUGACAAGACAGUUAUGUGUUUUUGAUAGUGGUGAAUGUGCUCGAGUGUUUCUACACAGUUUCCAAGUUGAAUGGGUGUCCGCAGCAAAAGCUAACUCGAGGACAACAACGAGUAGCGUAUCAGUUUCCAUAAUUAAUUUUUUUUCCUAGAAAAAUCAUGGUGCUUCUGGAGAAAAGUUUUUUGAUUGACUAUUGUAUCAAUAGCGUGAAAAAUCAGCAACUGCCGGCCCAGGACAGGUACGCGAGCUUACCGGAACCGCAUGCGUAGUGUGUGCUACUGCUUCCAGCUGAAAGAUGAAGGCCAGAAGCAGACAGAUGAUGGACAAUUUUUCGGUGGUCUGGGAUGUAGUAGCGAACGCAGUAGAGAAGCAGGAACUGUUCUUUAAACUAUUUAUUGCGAUCUUGCUUCAUUGUUAUGGUCACAUCCAGGUUGUUACAUACGUUGCUGCAUAUAAGCGCGUGCUAGAAUUCGUGUAAUCUGGGAAGAAAAAAAAUUAUGUUCUCGCUUGUUGAAAGUGUAUACGAGGCAGUUGGCAUGAGGUGUGAUAUGUCGAGUGUCUUCUUUUUUUUAGUUAGAAGAUAAUUUAUUGAAAUAUUUUGUUAGUAAUAGCUGUAUUACGCAUUUCUGGGGGAAUUUCGGCAAGCGGCGGAAAUAACCUGCAUAAGAAGUCGCAAUGUACAAGCAGAUAAUAUUCACUAAUGAACUCUUUAUUUAUUCACUGCAGAACACGUGCCACAAUUGCCAAACUGACAACGAUCAAUAGUGAAAUCGGAUCUACUAUUCACACUGGCGCAUAGCAAUAUUCGUAGCAAAAUUUGACCACUUCCGGUCAUUAUUUUACCGCAGGAGUUGGGAGGUUUAUAUCUCGUGCAUAUAAUUUUCAAAAGACAGAGAAAUAAAAUUAUGCACAUGCAACACACGCUUUGGUAUCGGUGUGAAUCUCAGCUCUCUUAAAGCGAUAAAUUAAGAACCUAAUAGUUCUGCGGAAGCCCGCAUGGUGUAGAGAAGAAAUUAAUAAAAGGGAAAUGGA